GGCCGAGGGAAGGCGGCCGGGAUGCUCCGCUCCAGCGGCUUCUUCCGCGGCGUCGAGUGCCCUUUUGGGCCGGCCUGCGGGAGGCCCUACUGCCACUUCCGACACCCCCCGGGGGCUCCCCUCACGGCGGCGGCGGCGGGACCCCCGGGCCUUCCUCUUCCUCCUCGGCGCCCCUCCUCCAGUCGCGCUCUCUCAGGCUGUGGCUAUGACCCUUACAACCCGGAGCUCCCAAAGCCUGUGGCCCAGAGCAGCAACGGUACUUUGGAGGACCUUCAGGAGCCCUCCGCUGGCAUCCUCGAGCUCGAGCUGGUCAACCGGGCCAUCGAGGCAGCCCAGAACGAAUAUGAGCGUGACAAGAAAAAAUACGAGGAGCUGCUGGAGACGGCCAAGGAGUGCGGGGCCGCCGACUCCCCGUCGUUGGGUUCCGAGCUGGCCGGGUCCCAGCUGUUCCCCUCCUUGGAAUACAUCCCGGGGAGCUACGAGGCAAGUGGGACGGCGGACUACCACCCGACCCCUCUCGCGUCAGCGGCCACCUCCGACCGGUCCAGCAAAUACACUUUGGAUUCCUCCAGCAGUGGGAAAUCGAGGGGCAGCGCGCUGGAGUACGUCCCCACGGUGGUCACCCAGCCGAAGAAGUACAGCUGCCUGCCUGCGAACAGCAAAUACGUCGUUGACAAGUCCAAGCCGUCAACCGAUCUGGAGUACGACCCCCUUUCGAAUUACUCCGCCCGGCUCCUGAGCAAAGCCAGGGCGCAGAAGGAGACCAAGCGCAAGAGGGCCGUUGAGCGUGGGGAGCCGUAUUCGCCGCCCCACAAGCAGCGGCGCGAUUCGUCCAGUGAUCCGGAACCACCGGCUAGGUUCUCCGACUCGGACGAGGAGCCUCCGGGGCCUUCCGGCCUCCCGUCGAAGUCAAAAGGUGAUGCGGGCAGCGAGUCACCUGGUGGGCCCGUCGCCAGAGAUGAGGGAGCCCAGCCAACGGACCCCGUCUCGCGGCAAAUGAAGGAGACGGCGGUGCAGUACGACAUGGGUGACAUCCAAAGCCACCUGGAAAUCUUGGCCCGAGACUCGAAGGGGGCGAAGCUGGCCCGGGCGCCCACGGACGGCGGCCUGAAAGGGGACGGGAAGGAAAAGCCGAAGGAGAAGGUGAAAAAGAAGAACGCCGACAGCCGCAAGACAGAAGGGAAGAAAGAACAAGGCAGAACCGCCGAGAAAGUAAAGACGGAGGCCAAGUCGCGGCACAGGAAUGGCGAGAGAGGGAAGGAGAAGCAGACCAAGAGGCCUGUCGAUGGGCCCUUGAAGAAGCCCAGCAAGGCUAGAUCUUCCGGAGGGGUGGACAGUAAAGGAGUGAAGUUAAAACCAGACCAGGCCCCACGGCCUGGAAAAGCAGAGGCAGGAGGGAAGAAGGACGGCAAGCCCCCGAAAGCGGACUCGAAAAAGAAGGCCGAGGCGUUGAGGGCCCCAGAGAAGGAUGGGAAAGGUCAACGGCCACGACCAGAGCGGCCCCAGGGCACGCCGACCGGCGCCCCAUCCACGGGCGGCUCUGGAGCGAGGUGUAAGGCCAAACAGCGGGCCUUGAGCCACGCUGACCUCUUUGGCGACGAGAGCGGAGAUGAAGGGGCCGCCGCAGACCUCCCAGAGGCGUUCCCGGAUGUGAGUUCGGAUUCCGAGGGGGACGGGGCCUGUUUCGCUUUGCCCCGAGACCACAGGGGUUUGGGCGUGAAGCGGCCAAAGCCGUCCCGGAGCCCCUCUUCGUCGUCCUCCUCCUCCAACAUCGACUAUUCCCUCCUGGAGAAGGAGCUGGACUUGGAGUCGGAUCCCAUGGAGGAGUGCCUGCGGAUAUUUAACGAGUCCACCGAUGUCAAGACGGAAGACAAGGGCCGGAUGGGGAAACAGCCGUCGAAAGAUGAAGGGGCCGAGGAGAAGGGGCCGGAAGACAACCUGACCACCCUUUUCCCAGGCCAGAAACGCCGGAUCUCUCAUGUCGCAAAGCAAGGCAACGCCGAUGGCCCGAGCAAGCCAGUGGUCCGUCCGUACCGGCCCCCAACGGCCCAAGAGGCCUGCUACCAGAGGAUCCAGAUGGCUCAGAAGCAGGCGGCGCAGCUUGUCCAGCAGCAGCGGGUGCAGCCCUCCCUGGCGACCCCCCAACGCAGCACCCCCCUCGCGACGCACAAAGGAGAAAGGCGGCGGAUCGCCCAUGUGCCCAACGCUGCUGUUCCCCUAUCUUUGAAUUCUGCCCACGGAAGGCUCAAGAAGACCCCUCCGCCGGGCAGCAACGUCUCCACCAACGGCACAGACACCCCCUCCCUCAAAGCCCGCACCCUCGCUGGCAUGUCGUCCAAGACAACUACCACAACCGUGCCCAAAAGGGUGGCCCACGCGCCCACGCUGCAGAGCGCGACUCUGAAGCGGCCGGUGAUUCCCACCGAGUUUGGCGCCAAGGUCCCGACCAACAUCCGCCAGAGGUACCUGAACCUUUUCAUUGACGAGUGCCUGAAAGCCUGUCCGUCGCCGCAGGAAGCAUUUGAGAAGGCGCUCUCGGAGGAGAAGGUGGCCUACGACCGCAGCACCAGCCGGAACAUCUACCUGAAUGUAGCCGUGAACACAUUGAAGAAGCUGAGGAGUCUGCUGCCGGGCCCCGCGCAGGAGAUGCACAAGAACAGCAACCGUAAAGUGGUUUCUCACGAAGCCAUGCUCGGCGGAAAGCUGGCGGCCAAGACCAGUUUUUCGAUUCACCGCUCCGUCAGCUUACGCGUGGAAGACCUGACAGGGGCCGCCCUCUAUCAAAGGCUCAAGGAGUACUUGCUGACCGAGGAGAACCUGAAGGAGCACGGCUACCCCUUGCCGUGUCCCGAGAAAGCAGGCCGGGCUGUCGUCUUCACCGCGGAAGAGAAGAAAACGGCCGAGAGUUCCUGUCGCAUCUGUUGCCGGUGCGGCACCGAGUACACUGUCACGCCGUCGGGAAACUGCGUCCGCAGAGAGGAGUGCGUCCACCACUGGGGGCGCCUGCGGAAGCAAAGAGUUCCAGGCGGCUGGGAGACGCAUUACAGCUGCUGCUCGGGAGCCGUGGGGUCACCCGGGUGCCAAGUUGCCAGACAACACGUCCAUGACGGCCGCAAGGACAGCUUGGAAGGUUUCGUGAAGACCUUUGAGAAGCCGCCCAGCGCAGACGGCCACCCGGGCAUCUACGCUUUGGAUUGCGAAAUGUGUUACACCAAGCAAGGUUUGGAGCUGACCCGCGUCACAGUGAUCAACUCGGACCUCCAAGUGGUGUAUGACACUUUCGUCAAGCCGGAUCACAAAGUGGUGGAUUACAACACCCGGUUUUCGGGUGUGACAGAGGCGGACCUCGAGAACACCUCCAUCACCCUCCGUGACGUCCAGGCAGUGCUCCUGAGCAUGUUCUGCGCGGACACGAUCCUGAUCGGGCACAGCCUGGAAAGUGACCUAUUUGCACUCAAGCUCAUCCACUGCACAGUGGUGGACACGGCUGUCGUUUUCCCUCACCGCCUGGGUUUGCCUUACAAGCGGGCGCUGCGCACCUUGAUGGCCGACUACCUCAAGCGCAUCAUCCAGGAUAGUGUGGAAGGCCACGAUUCUAGCGAGGACGCCCGAGCCUGCAUGGAGCUGAUGAUCUGGCGGAUCAAGGAGGACGCGAAGGUGAAGCGAUGACGUGGGUGUUUUUCGCCUCCGAGGCACCGUGCAAUAGCAAAGACACACACACCCCCGGGAAGCUGUCGCUGGUCACAUGCCGACAUCUCCUGGACUUUCUCCCCCACUACCCUACCCCAUCCACCUUCCUUGUGGGUUUCCUACAAAACUGGGAGAGAGAGGGGCCUCCUUCUGCUGGAACAGUGACGGGGCACCGCCUCCAUUUCCCUGGAAAAAUCUGCACCCUGCAAGUGACGAGGAGUGAGCGUGCCAACCCAGGCCCAUCGGAAAAGGGCAGGACAGCCCCCCAGAGGCACUGAACUAUGCUGUUUCUCUCCCCCACCGCAUCCCACCUUAUUUAUGAAUUUUAAGCCGUUCCCUUCUUUUUUUAAUUUAAUUUGGGGUCUUGCCAGUGACGUGGGUGCCGUGCGUGGUACGUGAACCAGCCGAGAAAGAGACAAAACGAGUACUGAGCUGGCCCGAUGGAGGCAGAAGAGGUCUGCGUGGAAAGUAAAUGUGUUAGAUAUAAAAGGGCAGGAGCGUUGGGGGUUCCCAGCAACAAGGUGGAAACUGAUGGCAGGGUGAUCAAGCGCAGGAGAGGAAGCGUGUCGGAUCUCUGGGUCCGGCCCGAUGGUGGGAGGCCUCUCCCCCUCUUUGGCCUGGGGGCGUGGAUGCCCAGCGGGAGUCAGCCGCUACCCAACCUCAAGCCCCAACCCAUCCGGGGGAGCAGGGGUCUACCAGGAAGGCCAGUGACUUCCCCCUUUGGGCAGGAUCCUUAGCACUGAUCACUGUAAAUGGAAAGACCCCCCGCCUCCGCUCAUGUAGGCUUUGCUUUGUCCAGCAAAGGGGACUGGGUUGUACCUGCUAGUGAGCAUGAUUUUUGAUGGGGAGGCCCACAUUCCACCCACCUCUGGCCAUAAAACCUCCUCCUUGCAUUUUCCUCUUUCCUACGGCUCGGCCACCCUUGCCGGCUUCUUCUGAUGUGCACCCGGACCGAUAGCCCUGGUCCGACUCCUGUUUUUCCUCGGAACACCCACCCAGGGUCCGACUCUCUUGGUCUGGGUUUUCCCGACAGCUACAAGAGGUGAUCACCACGGGGGUGGUGGUGGUGUCUAGGUUUGGAGAGGUUAAAAACAUUGUAAAAGGAUGGCCUUGUCAGGUAGGGCAGUUUGUCCGAAUAAACAAUCUGAAGUGGAAGGUUAUGGGGGAGAAGAGAGACCCCCAUCUCUUGACCAGGGACCCCGACAUCCAUUCCCUGCCCUUGCCAUUUCUAGAUGCAGGCUGAGAAGAAAGACCAGCUUUGCUCCUUCAUUCUCCGCAUUCUCCUGCCGCAUGUCACGCUUUCCAAAGCUCCUCUAUGACAUUCGGAAACACUGGAUUUAUAUAUGCCUUCCUGUCGUGGGUAGCUUUGUGAAACCUUUCUCUUUCCCUGGGCAAUUCUGCCAAAGCGAUCUGGACAGAUUUAGGGAAACUGGAGCAAACAUCCAGGUCCAAAGCUUGACAGGAAAGGGGAUGCUAGGACUUACCGGCUUGGGACUCGCACUCUCUCGGCAUGAGCAUAGAGGGCAAGGGAUGUAGAAACGGAACAAAUGAGAUGAUGGAGGAGGUCCUUGUCUCGUAGCUGAGAGGAUACGCAAUGCUCUACAAUCUCGUGCCUCGAAUCUGUUGUAUCCCAGAAAUUGGCUUAAUGAGAAAGCUCGGACGUCCCCUCUGUAUCCCCGGAGUUAACGUUCUCUGAAGAUGAGAGAAACGUUGAAUAUGUUCCGAGGGGGUCAGCGCAACAUGAGCAGUCUUAGGUCCUUAAUAAUAAUAUUAAUAAUAACAACAACACUAAUAAUCUACCAUUUAUGAGCACUGUCGCUCCCGUAUUUAUCCUGUUCUGCCUCUCCCGGGCGCUCUUCUCUGUUUCUAACACUGUACAGUGCUAAAAAACAACUGCAGACUUUGUAAACGCACCACCAUGUAUACCUGUUUAACACUAUUUUGUAAUUUUUUUUAAAUUAAAAGAAAACUCCCAAA